AUGCGUCCGGCUCCGUUCAUAGCCAAACACAGCCUACAUCAGUUGAAACCUCCCCCUCCUGUCUCCACCUCCCAACCCCAGAAACCUCCCCCUCCUGUCUCCACCUCCCAAACCCAGAACCUCUCCUCCUGUCUCCACCUCCCCAACCCCAGAAACCUCUCCCUCCUGUCUGCCACCUCCAACGCGCAGAAACCUCCCCUCCUAAACCUCUCCCUCCUGUCUCUCACCUCGCAACCCCAGAAACCUCUCCCUCCUGUCUCCUCCUCCACCCCAGAACCUCUCCUCACUGUCUCCACCUCCCACCGCCCAAGAAACCUCCCCUCCUGUCUCACCUCCAACCCCAGAAACCUCCCCUCCUGUCUCCACCUCCCAACCCCAGACCUCCCGCCUCCUGUCUCACCUCCCAAACCCAGAAACCUCUCCCUCCUGUCUCCACCUCCCAAACCCCGAAACCUCUCUCCUGUCUCACCUCCCAACCCCAGAAACCUCUCCCUCCUGUCUCCACCUCCAACCCCAGAAACCUCCCUCCUGUUCCACUCAACCCCAGAAACCUCUCCUCCUGUCUACUCCCAAACCCCAGAAAUCCCCCUCCUGUCUCCACUCCAACCCGAAACCUCCCCUCCUGUCCUCACCCCAAACCCAGAAACCUCUCCUCCUGUCUCCACCUCCCAACCCGCAGAAACCUCCCCCUCCUGUCUCCACCUCCCAACGCCAGAAACCUCCCCUCCUAAACCUUCUCCUCCUGUCUCCCACCUCCGCCAACCCAGAACCUCCCCUCCUGUCUCCACGUCCCAACCCCAGAAACCUCCCCUCCUGUGUCCACCUCCCAACGCCCAGAAACGCUCCCUCCUGUCUCCACCUCCCAACCCAGAAACCUCCCCCUCCUGUCUCCACCUGCCCAACCCCAGAAACCCUCCUGCCCUCCUAAACCUCCCCCUCCUGUCUCCAUACUCCAACCCCAGAAACCUCCCCUCCUGUCUCCACCUCCAACCCCAGAAACCUCCCCUCCUGUUCCACCUCCCCAACCGCCAGAAACUCCCCCUCCUGUCCCGCUCCACCUCCCAACCCCAGAAACCUCCCCCCUCCUGUCUCCACCUCCCAACGCCCAGAAACCUCCCCUCUGUCUCACACUCCGCAACCCCAGAAACUCCGCCUCGCUGUCUCCACCUCCCAACCCCAAAACCUCCCCUCCUGUCUCCACCGCCCAAACCCAGAAACGCUCUCCUCCUGUCUCCUCCACCUCCCAAACCCCAGAUACCUCCCCCUCCUGUCUCCAUCUCCCAACCCCAAGAACCUCCCUCCUGUUCUCCAUCCGCCCAAACCCAGAACCUCUCUCCUUGUCUCCACCUCCCAACCCCUAGAUACCUCCCCUCCUGUCUCCUACUCCAUAACCCCAGAAACCUCGCCUCCUGCUCCACCUCCAACCCAGAACCUCCCCUCUCUGUCUCCAACUCCAACCCGCAGAACCUCUCCCCUCCUACCCCAGCAACUCUCCUCCUGUCCCACUCCCAACCCCAGAAACCUCCCCCUCCAUGUCUCACCUCCCACCCCAGAAACCCCCUCCUGUCUCCACCUCCCCAAUCCCCCAGAAACCUCCCCCUUCUUCUCAUCUCCCAACCCCAGAAACUCUCCGCCCUCCUGUCCCACCUGCCCGAAACCCAGAAACCGCUUCCCUCUGUUCCUCCACCUCCCACCCCAAAACUCUUCCCUUCCUGUCUCAAACCUCCCAAACCCCCCAAAAAGAAACGCUCCCCUCCUGUCUCCACCGCCCAAAUCCCCGAAACUCUCCUCCUGUCUCACUCCCAACCCCAGAAACCUCUCCCCUCCUGUCUCCAGCUCCCACCCCAAAACCUCCCUCCUGUCUCCACUCCCCCAACGCCAGAAACUCCCCUCCUGUCUCCACUCCCACCCCAGAAACUCCCCUGCCUGUUCUCCACCACCCAACCCCCCAGAAACCUCCCCCUCCUGUUCCACCUCCCAACCAAAACCUCCGCCGCCUCCUGUCUCGGCACCUCCCAAACCCAGAAAGAAGGCUCCAGGAACUCCCCGAGGUGUAUCUCCGACUUGAGGCUCUGCACUCCACAUGUUCGAACUUCAGGCUAUGAUCCCUUCACUCACGCAGACUCCCUCCUGUUCCCCUCCCAACCAACUCCCCCUCUAACCCCAACCCAGAAACCUCCCCCUCUGUCGUCCAGCUCGCCAAACCCCAGGAAGAACACCUCCCCCCUCUGUCGCCAACCUCCCAACCCAGAAACCUCCCCCUCCUGUUCUCCACCCCCAACCCCAGAAACCUCCCCCUGA